UCUACAACCUCGUCACGAAUAACAUGAAACCACCUCGAUUACAAUCACACCUUCACUAAGGUAUUAAAAUCCAGGGAAAUAUCAAAAUCUAUCGCAUUAUGGCGACCAAAUCAAAACCCCGGGUUCCUAAACCCCUACCGUUUGCGCCGCGUAUUCAUCGUCCAUCCCAAACUGCAAUAUCACGACCGAAACGAAUCGAUCCAUCGAGUCCCGAAUAUAAGAAAGCUGCUGGAAGAUAUACCCGAUUCAUGAUCGCGAUGCCUGUAUUCCUAGUCACUUCGUAUUUCCUAUUCAAACAACCUACCCAGACUAGGAAUUCGCCUCUAAGUAUAGCGUCGGAUAUGAUGGGUGAAGAAAAGACGAAUGACGGCCGAGGAUUCCCAUGAAACUCCAGUCCCCAAAUCACCGAAUAUCGGGAUCGGCAGUUACAUCUGAUCAUGCUAGAAACGCAAUUCUAGUACAUUCACCGAGGUCGAUUCGAACAUGGUCCCUGUUGAAUCGUAUCUGGAUUCUCUUUCGAUGCCACCUUUGUUGAAGUGAUAACAUCAAAUCUACUUCACAUCGUCAACCGAAGAAAGGAAUUCCAUGGGCUUUGUGUGAUGGCUAAAUUCUGGUAUGGAUGACUAUGGACGAUUCGAUAUACAUCCCCCUUUUUUGCGAAAUCGAAAUCUUUAGAAACCACCAUAACCACACGAACAACUACCAAAAGCAACAAUACAAAACCACUAUGAAGACAAAUUUCGCAUCCGUCUUGGCCUUUGUGCCACUACUUACUAUCGUCACUGCCAGCGAAAUCAGCGAUAUCUACAAGAAGACACUUGGUAACUCGGAUUGCACCAACAUCGGUUUGACGGACGGACACGUUCUCCAUGCUACCUGUACCGACCCUGGAGUUGGAAAGUCUGCCGAUUUUGACCUUGAACUCAAUGAUUGCUUCGCUAAUUACUUGGGUACUUUGAACCAUGUUACUAAUGGCGGCUUCGCUGGGUCGUGCCACUCUUGCCAUAUGGACGGCACAAAACUAACAUGCGAUUGCUCGACCGGCCAUGGAAGUUCGAAGCACAACGUAGUCGAGCUCAACGAUUGGGACGUCAUCCAGAUAACCGAAGGAAGUAUGUACUGCGGCGGCACUGACGGAAUUGAGAAGAGAAAACUUAGCAAAGGGUCGCGAUUCUUCAGGGCAUAAGUCAUCAGACUUUUCUUACCCUGACCUUUAGUUCAUCGUACAUAUUUAUUUGCUCAUGAUCAACGAACGCUACGUUAUUAUGGUAUCAUCGCGAGCCUAAGAUUCGUUAGAUGGAAACAUCUUGCUUUAUUUAAUAAAACGCUUUUUAAACCCUUGA